AUGCUAACACCAAUAGCUUUAUGUUACAACUCAAAGACAAUAGCAUUAACACUUGUGUUUUUAGAGGUGUCAGCCGUGCAGCUGAGCCGCCGCAGUAGCCCAGUUUUCUAUAAUAUCAGCCGCCGCCGCCACCAAAUUGCUGUUUUAAACAAACAAAUUGAAGAAUUUGAGGAUUUAUUUUUAAGCACUCUCAAUGAUAAAGAAAGUGAAAAAUCACAAGUUCUUCUUUAUCCAAUUGGAAAUGGUGUUCAAGAUGAAGUGCAUCUUGUUGGUCGUGUUGUAUGUGAUUCAGCUGGUCAACUAAAUGGUCAAUCGAUUGUACUUGAAGGUUCCUCGCGAACAUCAAAAUGUAAUCGUGUUCGACUUGAUGUCUCAUCGUUACCUAGUUAUUCAUUAUUUCCGGGACAAAUUGUACUUGUUUCUGGUAUCUAUACAAAUGAUGGAUGUUUUCAUGCUAAACAAUUAACAGAUCCACCAUUGGUUCCACGUCCAAUUGAAACAAAAGUUAAAACUGAUUUGAAUUUUAUGAUUGCUUCCGGUCCGUUUUUACUUGCCAAUGGCAAUUUAAGUGCAUUCGAAGAACUUCUACGACGAGCUGAAGAAGAUCCUUCAGUUCAAUCAUUAAUUUUGCUGGGUCCAUUUAUUGAUGAACGUUCUUCAUAUGUACAAAAUUUACAGGAUAAAACUUACGAACAAGUGUUCCAAGACUUGAUAGAAAAAAUUAAAAGUUUUCGAAUAAAAACAAUACUUAUUCCAUCACUACGCGAUAUUCAUCAUGAUUUAAUUUAUCCAUUAAGUCCAUUUACAAUCAAUGACAAUAAAGAUUUGGCAAUUCUCUACGGUUGUGAACCAUCAUUUGUAUCAAUCGAUGGCCUUCAAUGUGCAAUAACAUCAACAGAUAUUCUUUGUCAUUUAAGUUCAGAAGAAAUUAGUUUAAAUCAAACAACUGAACGUAUGUGUCGAUUGAUUCGUCAUUUAUUUCAACAACAUACAUUCUAUCCAUUAAUUCCACCAAAUGAAUCAGUUUCAAUUGAAUAUGAACAAGCAAUGCAAUAUGCAAAGAUCGAUUCGUUACCUCAUUUAUUUAUUACUUCUUCGGAUCUUCGGCCAUUUAUUAAAUUUAUUGAUUCUGUAUGUGCAAUAAAUAUUGGUCGAUUGGUUAAAAAUCAAGAUUCAACAAUGAUAAAUAAUGCAAGUGGAACAUAUGCAAAAAUAUUCUUAAGCAAAACUGAUGAUGAUAUUAGCAAUGGCACUAUUUUAAAUGAUCAUUUACAUAUUCAGAUUCUUCGACUAUAA